AUGUAUUCAGGAAUCUUUUAUAUUUCAGAUAUUCAGAGUUGGUGGGAAGUCCCCAGCAUAGCUCAUUUCUGUUACGGAUUUCGUGCAGCAUUCGGUUUAUUUCCUUUUGAAAUUGAGGAACUAGAACAGGCAUUCCUUUUAGGUGAAGACAGCUUUCUCCAGGAUCUGAUUAUCAAACUGUUACAGGCUUAUUAUCAAACAGAAGACAUCAGCUCACAGAAUUGGGAAGAACAGUUAAGAGACCUUUUUCAACAAAAAUGGGUAGUCGAGGAAAGACGAUUUCACCCAUUUCCUCUUGAGACGUCCUUUGCUUCACUAUCUCUUCGAACCCAAGUAGAGAUUGUUCAUGCUUUGUGUGAAUAUUGUUUAGAUGUUGAAGAUGUGACAGAUGCAUUGAAGGGACUAGAAGCUGACCAUUUGCGUGCACAAUCUUUGGGUCGUGAUGGUGAAGGAAAUGAGUAUUGGUAUUUUUAUGGUACCAGGUUGUACAAAGAAACAAAAACUUUGAAGAACAAAUCACAAAAAGGUAAAGGUUUCCAGGAGAUCACCAUUGGUACCAAACAUAGAGCUACGAAAAAACAAAAUGAAAUAGGGACAGAAAGUUACGGUGUUUCUCCUAAAAUUUCCACAUCAACUUCUUGGUCAUUGGUUUGCUGCACACAAAGUGAGUGGCAAAAUUUAGCAAACAGGUUUAAGAAAAGCAAAUUAAAAGGAGAAAAAAAUCUUGCAAAGAAAUUGAUAACAGAAUUCCUUCCUGUCUUGGAAAAACUUGAAAUUGAAAAGGAAAAAACACUGAGGAAACGCUUGCUUGAAAUGGCUCCCCGACGUGUCUCUUCAAGAAUUGAGAAAAAACGUCAUCAACAAGAAAAAGAGCAACUUCUGGCAGAUACUGCUCUCAAAGAAAAAUUAAGAAAACUUGAAAUAGAAGAGGAAGAAAGAAGAGAGCGUGAUGAAAAGGAAAAUAAAGAAAGAAAAGCUCUCGAGAGAGCUCAAAGAGCAGAGGAACGGAUGAAAGCUAUUGAAGAUCGAAGAAGGAGAGUAGAACAAAGGAAACUUGCUUCUAAGUUACAGCAUGAUUAUAAAGAAAAGAAGUACUUCUGUGAAAAUGUGUAUAAAACUGGACAUAAUCAGAACCCUAAAGUUCUUGAUUAUCUUCGUGUAAAAUCUACUAAUGCAAUUUUGAAUGUUUCCAAAAAAAAAGAAGAUAUCUACUCAUCUUUUUCACUAGUGCUAUCAGAGAUAAAGAGUAAGUCUGAAUUGAAGCCUUUUCUCAGUUCCGUUGACAAGACAGUAACCCAUGGAUAUUACUCCAUAAUACAGGAUCCUAUUGACCUCUCACUAAUCGAAAAGAAAGUUAAUUGCAAAGAAUAUUCCAACAAGGAAGAAUUCCUUGAGGAUAUCCAGAAGACAAUAGAUAACUUUGAACUUUUCAGUGGAACUGGAAGUGUACACAUGUCUGAUGGCUUAUAA